CUGGUUGUUGAUAACGGAGCACGGGUUUUGGUUUAGCAUUGCAUCAGUCGUUUACAUGCGUUCUUUGAAUGCUGACUGUAAGUGAUUAAUUAUUGACUAGCGGGAGUGGAUUUGUGUACGAUGAAACACUCUAAACGGAUUGUUUCACUUUUGACGAACACAGUGCUGCUGGUUGGGAUUAUAUUGGCUUUACCUGUGAUAAUAGCAAUCUUGGUGUUGUUUCAAGUGCAUCGACAAAUAGUGGCGCAAUUGCUGGCGAUUAAAUAUGGCUCAUCGUUCCGUGGGCUGCUGCAAGGAUCGGAUGUGGUGUGGGCAGGGCAGGAACGAUCAUCCAAGGCAGUGGCAAGCGUGUUGCUUCUGUUUGAGAAACCUGUGCAUGUGUCAGACGACAGCGUGCAUUUGCUGGAGCUGUUUCGUGAUCGAUUCAAACGUCUCCACACAGUUGAUGCGUAUCAGAAAUUGUUCUGGCAAAGGCGCAUUCAGUGGGGUUACUAUUUUUGGAUCAAACAGGGACUUCCGCUUUGGAGCGAUCGUUACGUCAAACAGCUCGACGUGAUUCCCACCAGCAGCAGCUGCCUUUCCAAAAGGCAACUCUGUGCACUAAUUGGCUCAAUCAGCAAUCGGGAUUGCAAUGGUACGAGCUGGGAGUUGCUCGUUGGAAGACAACCAUUAUGCCACGACGACAGCACUGUAAUGCUGUACCCGGUCCUUUUCAGGUACCAUCAUUCAAUCGCUGAUGGAAUUGCAAUAUUUCGAACGUUCUGCAAAGAAUUCCUCGACAGUACGGCCACGGCGGAGGAACACGUGUGGAAUCCAAAUGCGGCCAAUCAGACCUCGGUGAAUGGUUUUUUCACUUGGCGCAAUCUCUUCCGUAUGGCUUACCGUGGGCCGAGAUUUUUGGCACACGAAAUAUUGCUCAAACGGGAAUGCAGUCCGUUCUACGGUCCGGAACCAAGCAAUAAUAAAAUCGUCUGUUGGGCAGGCGACCAUGCAGGGCGACCAGCAAAUCACGCGACUCCUGUGAUAAGCGCAAUCAAGACAGUCAAGCAUUUGGUAAAUGAUUGCAGCUUUACAGACAUCUUGCUGACGGCCUUUGCCACGAGUCUUGGGGCGUACUGCAGGCGGAAGCGCUUACCCGUGCCAACGACCGUCACUAUCGGGCAGAUGCGACGGUUCCAUCGCGAGUCUGAAGUAAUUCAGCUGCGUAAUCGCUCAACGGCUGUAUUUAAAACGUUGCCAAUAGGCAGUCUGCCAUGCGGAUCGAGCACAAUCGCCCAACUAAUAUGCCAGAUAAAUGCUGUAAAAGGUCCGGACGACGUAUGUCAGGCCAGUACAGAUGCUUUAAUUACUCACCUGAGCGUGUCGUACCUUCCAGAGCUACUGCCGGCUGCAGUUGUACGGGCAUUGUUUGCUAGAAGCAAGUUUUCGAUUGCUCUGUCCAACAUUCCUGCCUUCGUCGGCACUGUCUCUCUGGGAAGGUACAUUCUCAGAGAGGCCACAUUCUGGGUACCCAACAUUGAGCGCAAUCUGUUCGGGUUGACCUUACUGACAACGGACGGCCGCCUACAGAUAGGUUCAAUCGCUGAUAGGACAAUAAUUAAGGAUGAAGAAGAACUCGAACAAAUACUUAACGAAACAUUGCAGGAGCUAAGCAAUAUGGCGUGCAUGAUAAAAUGCAACUAAAUAUCUUUUACGUGAAACAGACCUUAUGUAAGUGUGAACUGACUGGGAUAAAAUACAAUGAAACGAAAAACACUUCAUACUUUA